AUCUCUCUGUGAUCAUCCACACCAAUCUUACAACCGUCUACAACUGAUCAUUUGCUUGGAAUAUUAUAAUACGCAGUUUGAAGGAGAAACAUUGGCAGAUGUUGAGAUGGAUCGCCCGGUGACAUCCAAGUCGAGGGGAAUCUGUCGGUACUAUAACACCCCCAGGGGCUGCUACGCUGGUGACGACUGCAAGUUCCUCCACGGUCCUGAGGAAAAGCUUACCCCGUACGACAAAUCCAAGGUGUGCAGAUACUAUAUUAAAGGACACUGCACCCGGGGUGCUCGGUGUUGGUUUCGUCAUGAGCUCGUGAAAGUGCCCCUUGAUGAAGAGCUGAAGAACUUUGAUGAGAAUAUGUGUAACAUAUGCUUGGAGAAACCUCAGACAUACGGUCUUUUGACUGGCUGCGGCCAUGUAUUCUGUCUUCAGUGUAUUCGCCAGUGGCGAGAGCCACAAGGAAAGUCGUCGGAUAUGGUGAUGUCAGGUGUUAUAAAACGCUGUCCUCUCUGCCGCAGUCCAUCGCGUUUCAUUACACCAUCCAUGCAUUUCUUCCCUCAGGACCACCCACGCAAACAGGAAAUGAUAGAUAGCUACAAGAAUAGCAUGGCUCGCGUUCCAUGCAAGUCGCCUUGUUGCCCCUUUGGUUUAGAUUGCUUCUACCAGCAUCUCAACCCUGAUGGUACACUACACGUUUUUCAAUACGGAGCAGGUCACUUUAUGAAGGUAUGGUUCCGCCAAUUUUUUGGGGCUGCUUCAGAUACAGACCUUACAGAUCGCCUUAGGCUUCUGCAGAGCAUCCUGGGGGAUCCAACGAAUAAUCUCCAUAUCACCCUAAACUUCGUCCGACGACACCUUCCAGCGAUAUGGAAUGGCAUGGAUGCCGAGUUUGGUUCAGCCACAGAUACUCCUAUCAGUCAAUCCUUCGAGUUACUGGCGGAGAGUAUAGCUGCAGAACGGUCACUAGAAGAUACAAUAUCGCGAAUCCUUCCUGUUACCCACGCAUCCCUCACUGAUGAGGGGAGUCCGCAUCCACCUGUUGAGACUCCCGUAAUAGUGCCUAUGGCUUCAAUACCACCUAGGGCUAGGAGUGCAUCCCCGGUCAUGGAACCCUCAACGACUCCUCCGGUGCCUUUUAGGCCAUCCUCCUCUGCGGAGGUUUCUGGACCACUUCCUCACAGUUUCCUGCCCUGGGCGAUGCCCCGAACACCAUCCCCUCGUCCCCCAUCUAUCCCACCGGCCUCUAUGACGUCUACUGUUCAGCAAUCAAAUACGUCCAGGUUCAGUACGGUGCUGAACUCCCGCAGCAGAGAGACUAUGGUUAUCGACAUCUCUGACGAGGACGAAGAGGACGAAGCAGAGGAGGAUUGUCUGUCAUGUUCACCCAGUAUCGGCAACGACAAUGAUAAUGAUAAUGACGCUCACUCGCUAUCUACAUCCACUCUCUCUGACCGACCAGGGGGCAAUGGAUCAUUACCUGUGUCUUCGGAAGCUGCUGAGGCACCAACAAGUAGUACGGGUGAACAGACGGUUCCAUCCAGUCGCCCGCAAUGUGAACACGAUGCAGAUCCCCCAUUUGUCACUGAUGGCAGGGGUAGAGUGGUAUGGAGCAGGACAGCACGUGGUCCGUCCCACAACCAAGCCCAAGUGGACGCCCGUGAGCGACACCGCUCGAAUCCUACCAUCAAAGCCCGACGCCAGACAUCUGAGACUGGAGCAUUCGCUACAGAUGGGCGCAGUCGUGUUGUUUGGACAGGACAGGAGGGAUCCGAGGUCACUGGUAGGAUAAGUGGCACGGAGACGGAGACUGAUGCAGAAUAAUAGCACAUGACAGUGCCAAGCGUUGUGUAUAAUAUACUUACCCGUGUGUAUUUGGUGUGUAUCUAUAAGCUUCUAGUUGUGCAGCAUUUCAAG